AUGGCAAAGGGCCCGCCUGCUAGGCGCGUUCUUCAAUGGGGCGCUUCUGCUGGCGUUGGCCAACAUCACCACCAUCAUGACAAUGACCAUGAGUCCUCAAUUACCUUGGAACUCCCUCAGAAUGAUUCCCAGAAAACGUCCAAGCACCAUGACCACAAACACAAGCCCAAGCCCAAGCCCACGCCAGACCACCACGACCAUGACUUAGGAACAAUGGGCGUCCUGGUUCACAUAAUCAGCGACGCAGCGAACAAUAUUGGUGUCAUGGCUGCUGCGUUGGUGAUCUGGCUAGCUCACUAUGAAGGUCGAUUCUACGCAGAUCCCGCAGCGAGCAUGGGGAUUGCGGUGAUGAUUCUAGUAUCGGCGCUUCCGAUCGUAUAUCGUUCUGGUCUGAUUCUACUAGAAAGUGUCCCUUCUGGCGUGGAAUUGAGGGAUGUGAAACAUGACUUGGAGAAGGUAUGUCUAGUAUCUCCAUUAAAGCAUGAGACAUCUAUCCUAGCACUAAUGUAAUGUGUAUAGAUCCCCCAAAUUCUCUCCACGCACAACCUCCAUAUCUGGAGUCUAAACCAGGAAAAAACCCUGGCAACCGUGCACGUCGUCCUCUCCCCAUCCUCGAUGCCCAACUUCCUCGACCUGGCUACUGUCGUGAACGAGUGUUUUCGCGCGUAUGGGGUAGAUGCUGUGACGGUGCAGCCGGAGGUCGUGUUGUCUGGCUCUGAAUCGCGGAUGGAGUUGGAGAGGUGCCGGUUUGACUGCUCCGGUAGUAGUGAGGGGCUAUAACUAUCUAUCACAGUGGAGUAUGCUGUAUCCUAUGAUGCAAUCUGCUCUAUCAGGAAAGACUCGCGCCGUGUAUAAGCACCUUAUUGAUGGAGUUAGAAGCGGAGAUAUAUCUGCAAUAAAUAAGGAAGCUCGACACAUCCUAAUAACAAAUAAUUGCUGUUCGUUUCCUAUCAUUACUGUUCCGAGCUCAUUCCGACUGCACGUCUAUAUUCC